AUGCUCAAGUACGCCAAUACCCAAGCUGUGGGAUUCAAAAAUCGCGUCGAGCGAGUCGCCAUUGUCGGAGCGGGAGGCACGCUUGGGUCGCACAUUGCUACCGAACUCUUGAAGACCGGCAAACAUACAGUUACAGCAUUGUCACGCAAGGAUAGCAGUAACAAACUCCCCAGUGGCGUGCUUGUAGCGCCAGUCGAUUACAACGAUGAGUCCACAAUUGUUGCUGCCCUUGAGGGCCAGCAAUUUUUGAUCAUCACCAUGGCCCCCACUGCGCCUCGGGACUCCCAGAGCAAGCUUUUCCAGGCAGCCAGUAAGGCCGGUGUUCCCUACGUCAUGCCUAAUUGGUAUGGUGGUGACAUCGAAGAUGUUAAACAGGGAGAGGAUACAUUGCUGGGGCCCGGCGGGAAGGCUAAUAGGGAUGAGAUUGAGACCCUCGGCAUGCAGUGGACGGCUAUGUGUUGUGGGUUUUGGUACGAUUAUAGCUUAGCUGGCGGCGAGCAACGCUUUGGCUUCGACUUUGACAAGCGUUCCCUGACUAUAUAUGACGAUGGCAACACCAAGAUCUCGACCUCGACCUUGUCCCAAGUCGGCCGCGCCGUGGCCAAGGUUUUGAGCCUGAAAGAGCUACCAGAGGACGAGAAUGACCGAAGCCUUACUGUGUCGGCGUUCCUCCAAAGGGGUAUUUACAUCAAGAGCUUCGUCAUCUGCCAAAACGACAUAUUCGAGAGCGUCAAACGUGUCACCGGCACCACCGACGCGGACUGGGCGGUUAGCCACGAGUCUACCCAGGAGCGAUACGAGGAUGGCCAAACACUAGUGAAAUCUGGCAAUAUGGCAGGGUUUAGCAAGCAGCUGUAUGCGAGGGGCUUCUUCCCCGAUGACCCAAGUGACUUCUCAGCCAAGGCACAAAAUGAGCUGCUCGGGCUGCCAGUUGAAAGCUUGGAUGAUUCCACUAAGGUUGGAAUAGCAUUAGUCAAGGAGCUGCAACUCCGUGUGGAGCGCAUGGCUAGUUAG